AUGUCGGACCUUUCAAUCCUUCGUCCCGACGGGCUAGCCCACGUCGUCUUCAGAACGGCCAACAUCAAAACCAUGGUGAAAUUCUGGGCCACAUUCCUGGGCGCGGAGCGAGUGUUCGAAAACGACUUCAUUGCCUUUCUCCGCUAUGACAAGGAACAUCACCGCAUCGCUAUCAUCAAUGACGAGAGCACGGGCCCUCACUCCACCACCGCCGCGGGAAUGCAUCAUGUGUCCUUUACCUACGUGACACUUCGGGCUCUCCUCAAGGCCUGGAAGUUGAGAGGGGAGUUUGAUAUUAAGCCGACCUGGUGUGUCAACCAUGGCCCUACAACUAGUAUCUAUUACAAAGACCCCGAUGGAAACUCGAUCGAGACUCAGGUGGAUAACUUCAACACGGUCGAGGAGGCGAAUGCGUUCAUGACUUCAAAAUUCUUCCAGGAGAAUCCUAUUGGGACAGAUAUUGAUGCGUACGAGCUCCUUCGUCAACUGGAAGCCGGUGUGGAUGAGAAGACCUUGAAAGUACGGGUUGAGAUUGGUGUUCGACGGGAUAUUCCUGCUGCAGUUUGA